GCGAAGACGAGCUGCAACUACUCCGGUUAAUUGCAGCAUAUGCGUCCGCCAGCUGGGAUUCCCUCCGCGGUGCUCCCCCCGUUCGUGACAGGCCGUGAGUAACGCCGCCGCGUUCCUAUCGACUCCUCGGCCACCGCACACACAAACCCACUUUGGCGCUUGGCGCGUAGUUUCGCCUCGGCUGCAGCGUCAUGUCUAGCACAAGUCCCAUCGAUUUUGUGAACUUCGACUUCACGUGCACCACUAUGGAAGCGUGCUUCAACGCCUUCGACAAAAACUGUGAUGGAUACUUAGAUAUAGACGAAUUUAGGAUCCUUUGCCAGGCUCUGUUCAGGAACAACAAGGGGCAGACGUACGAAACGCCCGAAGAGCACCUUCGAGAUAUUUUUCAGAUAUUCGACCUCAACCAUGACGGCCAAAUCGACAAAGAAGAGUUCACAUACUGCUGGAACAACUGGAUAAAGACAAUUGUCCGUCCCAUUUCCGCCAUCCUCAUCAUAGACGUCCAGAACGACUUCAUAUGCGGCACCCUCGACAUCCGGAAGUGCCCGGCGAAGCAUAACGGCGAGGACAUCCUCCAGCCCAUCAACAAUCUCUUGGAGAAGAUAGACUUCGACGCUGUGUUCUACUCUUUCGAUUGGCACCCCAUGGACCACGUGUCCUUCUUAGACAACAUCAACCUCAGGAAGUUGCACGAAUCUAGCCCGAUAACAGUGGAUAAUGUGCAACUCUACGACACCGUCAUCUUCGACGGGGAUCCCCCCAUGAAGCAGAGGAUGUGGCCCCGGCACUGCGUCCAGAACACCUGGGGCAGCGAGCUGCAUAAAGAUCUUAAGGUAGUGGAAAAUGCCGUGAAAAUAUACAAAGGAACCAAUCCAGAAGUGGACUCUUAUUCAGCAUUUUGGGACAAUUCGAAACUAACUGACACAAAACUAGAUGCUCAGCUUAAAUUGAGGAACAUUACCGAUGUGUAUAUCUGCGGAGUUGCUUACGACGUGUGUGUGGGUGCCACUGCCGUGGAUGCUAUUUCGAGUGGCUUCCGCACCAUCCUCCUCGACGACUGCAGCAGAGGCGUGGACCUUCAAGACAUAGAAAGGACAAAGAACCACGUGGUAAAGAACCACGGAAUCGUCGUGGUCUCAGAUCGGGUGAAGAACAUGGUCGAGGGGAACGACAGAAGACCCGAAUUAGGCUACAAAUUGGCCCUGAACUUAAAAGAAAAACAAGAAUCAACCUCUUAAGCUUCCACAGUACUUAACAGCUUAUAAACUGUUCCAAUUCUCGUAAAGCUUUUAAGGAGUACAUAGUGAGCAGUAGUACUUAGAUUUAACUUAUUUUUCUAUAUUUAAAUGUAAGACCUACUUUUUUAACUUAAAGCUUUCAAAAAGUGUGUGUCACACUUCAGUAUUUUUUCUUAAAAUAUGAAUGUUGAAAUAUGAUGUGAAAGGUUCUGUUAAAAUUGAAUUAACUUUAGCUAUAAAACUAAGAAUAAUAAGGUGGUAAGUCUGAAAGACUGACAUGUUAUAUUCUUAUGGAAUAACUAAAAAAUGGUUGUUGUGUAACUUGGGCCUUAGGGCCAAGAAAGUAGUGUGAAGGUAAAGUUUUUUUUAUAUUUAUAUGGAAUUUAAGUCUCUCAGAUUAAUUUAAUGUAUAUUAAGUAUUUAUUCUCAAUCAUGACAACAUAUUUACAUUUGAAAUUAUAUAUUUUCCUUGAGCAUAUUUUACAUAUAGUCUAACUACUCGUAUUAUUAGAAAAACAUAUGCAUUUGCAUUUUUCCCACAUUCUCUUUUACUCUGUAUGCUCUGUAUACUACUGUAACUUUUAUAUCUUGCUCACUAUAUAGUUCUAGUAAAAUUUUAAGCAGAUUUGUUAAGUGUAGCAUAUUUGUAAAAAACUUUGUAAAUUAUUAUUCAGUAAUGUCAAAUUAUUUAUAUAGUUUUAUAAAAUUAAACAUAUUCUAAAUGAAGAAAUUGAACUCAAAGCACUGCAAGAACUACAUCAGAGCAAAACCAUUCCUAAUUAUAUUAAUGAAAGUAUUUAGGGUAGCUAUGACAAAUGUUUGCAAGAAAACAGUAUUUUUGUGUAGGUAUCAUUUAAAUUUUGUGGGUAGUUUUAGCAUAAGGAAGAGUACUUCGCUUAUAUUUGUGCUUCUUUAGGGUUGCUCUAUAUUUAGAGCCUUUAUAUUUUAACGAUGAUGUGAUAUAGGGAUAGAAUAUAGCAUUG